GCGUUUCGAUCGUCUUUCGUUUCUUCGACCAACAAUGGAUUGCAAACAGUCAAAAAUGAUUCCUCUUUAAAAAUGGUCGACAGUGAGUGAAAAUAUUUCUGGUGUUUGGGCGUGGAAAUCAUACUGCCAUGAAUGCACAUAUAUUUUCUAAACGAUUGCAACUUUCUUUGAACUUUGUUUUGUAGCCAAUAUUGCAAUCGGAGCAGCGAUUGGUGUCGGUGGGUUUGCCGCCGGAAUCGGAUUGUUGGCUUUUGCAGAAGCACAAGGAGAGCGAUCCAAGGAACGAGGGUCAGGUUUGUCUGAGAACAUGUCCACUCAGCUUUCGGGAAUGUUUAUGGAAGAUGUCGAAGUGAGCUCUGUAGAAGAUCUUGGGUCACUGACGAGUCAACUCGAAGAGGCGCUUAAGAAAUCUGGAGGUGCCGAAGAAGAGGUGUUCGAAAUGACGGAUGAAGAAAUUAAGCGAUUGGAAGAGGAAGCAGACGAUGGUUGGUAAAGAAAUCGAUGACCAAAUACAACUUUCCCUGCUUCUCGAACAUGGGGAUCUUGUGCCCUACGAAACACUUGAUCUAAGCUACUACAAAACAGACUUCAUGUCCUCUGAGAACAAAUGCGAAGCAAAAGAUUUCACAUACCGCACAUGAAUAUUCACGCCAAUCAGUAUUUCACCUUCAAUCAAAGAGGUAUCAAAAAUAGAUACGAGAAUUGUUGGUAAGGGACACAUAUCCAUGGUAACAACUUGCGAGAUAAAGGCUAAUUAAAUAG